CUCUGCUCCUGCAUUUGACAUCUGGACUGACAUCCUAAUUUUUUUUAACAUUCCCUCCAACCGUAUUAAUAACCCUCAUACACUCGUUUCUUUGUGAAGGCCCCCACCUUGCGGCCUGACAUGUCUGUCUGAGACCACACACUGUCUGACCACCACCCCUCUUCUCCAACAAUGGCGACACCGGACAUCGACAUCAGCCGGCUGUCAGAAUCGCAGCAGCUUGCCCUGCAGCAGUACACCUCGGUCACAGACCAGGACGUCAACGCAGCUAUUCCGCUGCUGCAGCGCUCGCAAUGGAAUGUUGAGAUAGCAAUCGCCAAAUUCUUCGAUGGGGAAGGCCCUGACCUAGUGGCGGAAGCUCUCGCAGCACAGAGUGUCCCUCCGCCUCGAGCUGCAAGACAAGAGAACCUCCAACACAGUCUGCUGCAUGGCCAUGCUUCCCGACCGAGGCAAUCCGACUCCGCGCCUCGAAUAGUCCCACAAGCCGAUGACGAAGUAGUCCGAAGACCACCCUUCCUCCUCGCCCUCCUCUUUGCCCCAUUCAGCAUGCUCUACAAACUCUUCUCGACAUCCUUCGGGCUGUUCUCUUUCCUAUUCCCAUUUCUGCCAAGAGCAUUACGUCCGGCUACCACGGCUGGCACGGCAAGAAGAGCCAACACGGCUGGAAGGAGGUCCCUGAAACCCAGAGACGCGUCGGCGCGGUUAAAGCGCGAAUUUGAGGAGGAAUACGGAAGCAACAGUCUGCCAUUCUUCGAAGGAGGAUACGCACAAGCACUCGACCUCGCAAAGAAAGACCUCAAGUUCCUCCUGAUCAUCCUCCUCUCCCCCGAACACGACGACACCUCCUCCUUUAUCCGAGAUACCCUUCUCUCCGCCGAAGUCCAGACCUUCAUCAACGACCCAUCGACCAACAUAAUUCUCUGGACUGGCGAUGUUCGAGACUCCGAAGCCUACCAAGUUUCUUCCGCCUUGCACUGCAACAAGUUCCCAUUCACAGCAGUUGUGGCAAACGAUCCCGCUGUAAGCAGCACGAAUAUGUCCGUCAUUGCGAGAGUUACUGGGCCGAUGGAUGCAAGCACAUAUCUCGCCAAGAUCCGAAAUACAAUCUCAACGCACGGGGAGCAAUUGGCCAGAGUACGGGCAUCGAGAAAUGAGCAGAACUUCGAGAGGACCUUGAGGCAGGAGCAAGAUUCAGCUUAUGAACGAUCACUGGCACAGGACAGAGAGCGAGCCAGGUUAAAGAAGGAGGCAGAAGCUGCUGCCGCAGAGGGGGAGAGGAGGAAAAAAGCAGAAGCCGAGGCUGCGGAGACAUUGGCAAAGGUGAAGCUGCAGUGGCGGAAGUGGCGAGCAUCACGAAUCGAACCAGAGCCAAGUGCAGACACGAAGGACGUGGUCCGGAUAGCAAUAAAGAUGCCAGAACAUCUGGAGGCCGCGAGGGUUACACGACGAUUUAAGGGGCAAGAUGACAUCGAGAAGCUCUACGCUUUCGUGGAGUGCUACGAGUUCCUCGGCGACGAGUCUGUGAGCACGAAGGUCAUCAAGCCAGAAGGCUACAAGCAUGAAUUUGAUUUCCGGCUUGUGCAGACACUCCCUAGGGUCGUGUACGAGGUCGCUGAGGGUGGGACGAUUGGGGAACGAGUCGGGAGGAGUGGAAAUCUUAUUGUUGAGCAGAUCAAGCCCGACGAAGAUGAGGAGUGAGAUUUUGGUUUGAUUUGCAGCAUAGAAUCUGCGAACUGUAAUCUGUGUUCUAUUAGAAUCAUCCAAGUCUUAGGCAACAAUAUGUCGUUCUUCC